UUCGUUCUUCUUCUUCAUUAGGCGAGAGACACUUCAUUCAUUACAAGCGGGAAAGUCUUCUCUGUUUUUGUCCGUUUCGUACCCAGGAGCUAAUGGCUCGUUACCACAUGAGACCCCUGAUCUUGUUCUUAGUUCUUGCUCUGCUCGUAUUAACCAUAUCACCGAGCCAAGGCUUUUUAGGUACGGAGACAAAGAUAAAAUCUGAAGUCUUUUUCUCACCAAAACUGGUGAUGAGUCCAGGAUCAGUUUCAAAUUCUUACUUCUUCGACAUUGAAUUCCCAAGAGUGCAUAUCGGCCUCAAAGGUUUCGAUGCUGAAUUAGUUAACGAAGCGGGCAAACCCGUCCCUCUACACGAGACAUAUCUCCACCAUUGGAAUGUCUAUCCUUACUAUGCGCGUAAAGGUUCUUCUAAGCUUCCACGUGAAGAAAUGUUUAGGAAUCUCGGAAGCAAUCUUGAUACGACAUCAUCGGAUAUUAUUAUUGUUAAAAACGGAGGGUUGUGCAUGAGUACACUCAUAUAUUACUUUGGGUCAGCAUCUGAAACCCGCCAUACCUCCUCGUAUAUUCCUGAUCCUUACGCUAUUGAAAUCGACAAUCUUGAGGAAAGACCUGACGGCUAUGAAUUCAAAUGGCAUCUUAACGUUCACGCAAUAGACACCAGAGGUGUGAAAGACAAGAGAGGAUGCUUAGAAUGUCGGUGUGAUCUGUAUAAUGUAACAGUUGAUGAGUACGGUCGUGCUUUAAUCUCUCGAUGUUUUAGAGUAAUCUCUUGAUUUUGCAGUCUCUCCGUCGAGAAAGAGAGAGAGGAGGAAGAGAAAUAAUCAACCUAUUACAGGAAGACACGUGUUGUGAGGGACACAUAAAAAAUGUCCCGUUUGUAGGAACAUAUCUUUCAUAUUUCUAUGAUUUCGAUUUAAAUUAAUCCUUUUAAUUAUGUAGGAAGGACCAAGGACGGACCAAUGCACAUGCUCUUAGUACAUGAAAAGAGAGUAAAACUAUGUCGAAAAAUAAAAAAUAAAAGAUUAUUUUGUUGUCAUCUUU